UGCUACGAGCUAUGACGCACGGGGCGCCAAAAUCAAAACUGCGCAAGAAGCAAUUGUUUCGUAGCGACAUAUUUGUGGGAUAAACACGGAUUUUUUUGACAAAGUCCGGCAAAAGACAUGGAAGGAUCGUCUAAGGGAGGUAAUCAGCUCUAUCAGCUACUAUUAUUUACCCGCUAUUGCAUUACGACAAGCCAAUGCAGUUUGUUUUAGCCCUACUUGCUAAUGCUAACCGAAGAGCGUCUUUAGACCCUCUUGCAUGAUAGCGGAGAGUGGGGUAAGAUGAGCCAUUUUUCAUAUUUCGGAUCACUACAUCAAGGCAAUCAUAGUUUGUCUCUAACUAGUUUAUCUGUAUAUAUUUCAAGAUGUUGUGCAUCCCUGCAAACCAACAGAAUGAUUGUAAACAUAACUGUCUUGAUAAUAAAGCAUGCAAAAAAAAAAGUGGUCCCCACUCUCCCCUAAUCCAGUCCUGUCGGAGAAGUCUGCGUUUGUUGGUUUUGGAUUAGUAACAGCUGACCUAGAAACUAAAAAUGAGAUGGUAACUUUAGCAUCUUCAGGCCAAUUUAGGAGUGUACUAUUCACAACUUUGAGUCAUGUCUCUUGAAUGUUAAUCUGAAAGAAUUUGUCAUCCUCAGGUGUUUUAAGUCACUUGAGUCUCCUGGAAGCGAAAGCAAGAAGUCGGAAAACUCAGCUUCAUCAAAUAAAGGAGCUGAGAGACAAAGUUGAAGCAUUAAGGAUUCAAAGAGACCAGCUGAGAGCAGAGAUAGAAACUCACAAGGUGAAGGAAUUUGAGUGUAUAUGACAGAUUUUUACUUUCUUACAGCUCUUGAUUAGCUUUGUUUGCAUCAAUAAGUGGUUGAAAAAGGAAAAUGAUUUUUGAGCAAGGUGAAAAACUGCCUGGUGGUGUGACAAAUCAAAAUGUGACAUUCAUUUUGAAAAUAGUGGAUUAAGGGAGGGACCACUCAGCUUGAAUACUGAGUCAGGAAUCAGUGAUAUACCUUAUUAAAGCUGCAUUCUCUGUUGCUGGACCCAGAAAUACACCACAAAGACCUCCAAGAAAAGUAAAAUUAUAUCAGGUGAAAUUUUGUCUCAGGCAUGCAGCAAUAUUUCAUAGAGUAAAAAAGAGAGAAAGGUCCAAUAACCCCAAUAACUAUUAUACUUGUGUCUGACCUGUUUAUGUUUACUCUGCCACAGAUUCUUCAGAAAGUGAGAGCCUCUUUGGAUAAAAAGUGCACAAAGGGAGGUGAAGAGGAAGAACUACAGGUGAAGGAGGGAGAGAAGAUGAAUGAAGACUCUGAGCAUUCACAGCUACUGCGACUCAUGGCCCGACACACUCAACUAAAGGACCUUCUACAUGCUCAUCACAUCAUUGGUACCACUACAAGUUUUUAUAAAACCAUGUGUUUUUCAUUUCUUGCAGAGAUUCUUUGUGAUUGUAACUAACAUCUAUGUAUCCUCAAUAUUCCCUCUCUUUUAUUUAAUCAUGUCACAAGGUGGGUACAACAUCACAAAGACAAUUCAAGGCAGGAGAGUGUGUGCAUCUCUAGCCACGGCCUAUGAAGGAGUCUACUUAGAAACCUACAACGUGGAGUUCGACUUGAAGCCAACUGUGAGGAUCAGGCGCCAUGAUGUUCCUCCGUUCAUUCCUGUAGACAGCUUGGCUGAGCAGAGCAACAUGCAGACAGACAUCAGAGCAUUUUUGGAUACCCUCAGCAAAUAUCUCAACGGCUAUGCAGGUCGCAAGCAGCAGCUGAAGCUUGUGAAGGUAUCAGACUUUAUUUUUAUUACAUGUGUUCGAUCAAAUCUCUUAAAGGUACAAGUAAAAAUAAAGUUAAAACAAGGGAACAGUGUUUUUUUUUUUUUUUUCUUCAUACAUUUAUUAAGCCUUUGCCCUUUUCUCGUUAGAGGAAAAACACACUUUCCUUCCUGCUUGUUUACAGGAACGCCACAAGUCUGUGGAAGUGAUGGAGAGUAACGUUUUGUGUUCGAUCCUGGUGAUGCUGUUGACCGUGCCAGGAGAGAGGGUGACUGUUCUCUGCACGCUGAAGUACACCGACCACACCAGAUGUCUCCCUACAGGGGUCUACGUCCAGUGUGAAGGUAGCAUAGCAAUACAUCACUUAACAUCAUACCACCUGUUACAAGACAGAUUUUCUUCUAGAAGAAAACUUGCGCAUUAUAAGAUACAUUUUGCAGUCUGUAAUGCACAUUCUGUAAUUCCUGUGAUUACAUUUAUUCAUACACUUACAUUUUCUUUGUAAUUUCCACUUUUAGCGGACAAGGAGCUCCCUGAUUCCCCACAGUGGAAGAAUAACUGCAGCCUGCUCAUGGAGACUCCUGUGCACAAGGCUUUGACGAUUAUGAGGGACCGGUGGAUUAUUGCAUAGUUUAUCCAGAAACAAAUGUUGGUUAUAUAUAUUAUUGUUGUUUAUAGUAAAUUGCAUUCAUUCUUGCAGAUCUUCAAAUGUUAAACUGUUGGAGUAAGGUUCCUCUGUGGAUGUUCCACUUGUGUUUCCAUGGUGCUUUUGUCUCAUCUUGUCUAUAAAUGCCGCCACCUUCUGGUGUAGAGUCUCCAUUUGAAACUGCCUCAGCUCCUCCACCUCCUCUCUGUCUUUCUGCUGCUGCCUGGCCAGCUCUUUUUCUGAUAUUGAGUCGAUAGCUGCGAUGCUUUUCAUCUGCCUGAAAGACAGGCUGCUCUGGAUGUUUCCUCUGUGUCUCACUGAGCUGGUAGGUUUGACAAACAGCAGCGGCGGCGGAGCUGAUAUGGAGCGACUCUUCUCCACCUGGUGCUUUUCUUUACUGGAAUACAUUCUUCUACUGUCAGACAUUUGAAAACCUCUAAAGUGCACCGCAGUAUUUUUGUAUUCCCAAAUAUCUUUCAUAGCGAUGUUGACCGUAGCUUUGGGCUCACAUACUUUCACCGUCAGCAGUCUUCUGUGUUCAUUGAGAACUGAAUCUCUCCUUUGAUGAAGCAUUUUCAGAGUGUGCCUGUACUGUUUAUCCAACAGGUUCAGUCUUCGCUGCAGAUCUCUCUCCUCCUUUUGGUUCAGUACUCUAAGAUUUCUCUUCAGCACAGCAGGUCCUUUGAAACUUUGAUCCAUAACACAAAAGAGCUAGAGGGGAAAAUAUGCAUUGUAUGUCAUCACAUCCACAUUUCAGUAUUUAUUUUAUUACUAAAGCACAGUAUGUCCUUUCCCUACCUGUUUCAGUGUUUACCCCAGAGAGCUUUGUCAUGAGUGUGCUUGCUGCUAUGGCUGCCUCAUGGAUGUUACGUGAUAGCCUAUUAAAGGAGAGCAAAAGUGGAAG